AUGGAUCCAAACGAACACAUCGAGAACAUCGAUGCCCUCCUCGAUUAUAGAGGAGUCCCCAGUGCGAUAAAAUGUUGGCUAUUUCAGACCACAUUGCGCAAAGGCGCGAUGACAUGGUACAAAAGUCUCCCGGAUGAGUCUAUUAAGUCCUGGAAGGGUCUCGGCAGACUAUUUUCUAGGCAUUUCACGGCCUUUCGCAGACAUCCCAAGUCCGAAGCCUCUCUGGAGGCCAUCAUCCAAGGAAAAUACGAGCCUUUCAGAGCAUAUAUUGAAAGAUUUGACAAGGAGGCUGUUCAAUACGAAGAGAAAGAGGCCGCCCACGCGGCCCGGGAUUCCCGACAUGAGGAGAAUACUAAGAGCACCCGACAAGAAGAAGGUUCUCGCAAGGGAACAGAUAAAAAGAAAGAAGACAAGACUCGAGAUGCCAGAGACUACAAAGGGCCAUUCGGGAAAUUCCGAGAUUACACAACCCUAAACGCAUCUCAGGAAUGCAUCUUGACCAAAUGCGCAAAUGCCGAGUUUCAAACAGGCAGGGCCCGUUUCCCGAAACAACUUCCUGCUCAGCCAAACGUGGAUAAGUUAAAAUAUUGUCGUUUCCACAAAGGCCAUGGGCAUAAUACCGAGGAUUACAUCCAUUUGAAAGAUGCAAUCGAAAUACUUAUCAGGGAGGGGAACCUCAAACAAUACGCUAAAAACUAA